CAGUUUUGUUUUAGGUUCUCUCUCUCUAAAAUCAUCAUCUCUCUCCCUCUUUACAGAGAUCUUUCUCUCUCUAUAUUCAUCAUCAUCAUUUGAAGAAUCUUAACAGUUGUGCAAACAUCCACAUUGUCCCCCAUCUGAAUUCCAGCAAAUUCAGGAGAGAGAAAGACGACAAUGGCGGUGGUGGUGCCGCCGUGGUUGGAACCGCUUUUGAAGGCGGAUUUCUUCAUUGUUUGUCGGACCCAUCGAGACGCAGCCCGUAGUGAAUGUAACAUGUUCUGUUUGGACUGUAAUGGCGGCGAUGCAUUUUGUUUUUAUUGUCGAUCUUCAAAACAUAAAGAUCAUCAAGUUAUUCAGAUAAGGAGAUCAUCUUAUCAUGAUGUGGUGAGGGUUUCAGAGAUUCAAAAGGUUUUGGAUAUAAGUGGAGUUCAGACUUAUGUGAUAAACAGUGCUAGGGUUUUGUUUUUGAAUGAAAGACCACAGCCAAAAGGAGGAGGAUCAGGAUCAGGGUCAGGAGGAGGUGGAAAGACAGUUUCACAUAUUUGUGAGAUUUGUGGAAGAACUUUACUUGACACAUUUCGUUUCUGUUCAUUGGGUUGCAAGGUUGUAGGGAUAAAGAGGAAUGGUGAUACAAGCUUUACCAUAGAGGGAAAGAAUGAGGUUAUUAGAAGAAGAGGAGGUCAAGAAGGAGAGAUAUCUACAAGGGUAAUUUCGUCAUCUUCAUCAUCAAGGGAUGAUCAAGAAUUAGAUAUUGAUCAAUUGCGUGAAGGCUUACAACAAGACAUAUACCCUCCUCACACACCAUCCCCACCUCUUUCUAUUACAAGGCGUAGAAAGGGCAUCCCUCAUAGAGCACCCUUUGGCUCUUAAAA